AUGGUGGCCUCAAAGCUGGUGCUGUCGCUGCUGGUUGCAGCUCUCCUGCUUCACGUGGCCACCACGCUGAAGAUCAGCGCCUUCAACAUCAAGGUGUUUGGGGACAGCAAGAUGUCCAACCAGACUAUCGCAGAUAUCAUCGUCUCUAUUCUGUCGGGGUACGACAUCACCGUGGUGCAGGAGGUCCGGGACACCGACCUGAGCGCUGUGAAGAAGCUCAUGGACCAGCUCAACAGUGUGUCCCCACACCCAUACAGCUUUUUGGACAGCAUCCCCCUGGGUCAGACCAGCUACAAGGAGCAGUACCUCUUCAUCUUCAGGUCGGACAUGGUCUCCGUGCUGGGAAGCUACUACUAUGAUGACGGCUGCGAGUCCUGCGGGACCGAUACCUUCAGCAGGGAGCCCUUCAUCGUGAAGUUCUCCUCGCCCACCACACAGGUGGAAGAGUUCGUGGUGGUGCCCCUGCAUGCCAACCCCAGCAGUGCGGCGGACGAGGUCGAUGCGCUCUACGACGUCUACACCGAUGUUGUCAACAAGUGGGCGACUAACAACAUCCUCCUCCUGGGCGACUUCAACGCCGACUGCUCCUACGUGACCAGCGCCCAGUGGCCGUCCAUCCGCCUGCGCUCCCUCGACGCCUGCGAGUGGCUCAUCCCCGACAGCGCCGACACCACCGUCACCACCACCACCGACUGCGCCUAUGACCGCAUCGUCGCCUGCGGCACCGCGCUGCGCCAAGACAUCGAGCCCGGCUCCGCCACCAUCAACAACUUCCAGAAGACUUUCCACCUCCAGAACAAGGAUGCUUUGGCCAUCAGCGACCAUUUCCCGGUGGAGGUGAUCCUGAAAGCCCGCUGA